CUCUCGUUCUACUCGUUGAUCGUUCACUCUUUCAUUUUCAUUUCUGUGGUCAAAUGAAUCAUGAUAAAAAUGAAUAAUAUUUAAUAAUAUAAAAAUAACUAAUAUUUCUGUAGUAAGUUGUUUAGAUAAUGAAAUGUUACUGUGCGUUUUGUGCCGUUAUUACUCGCUACGUGAAUCGCACUAUAAGAUGUAAAGAUUAAAUUAAAAAUAGUAAUAUUAUUUUACUGGAAGAAUUACUGUAGUGUUGGUUAAAAACAUAAACAUAAAUUGCUUGUAUAGACUCACCACUGAUUAUAACUUUGUGUUAGUUCAAGUUGGAUCGCCGACUGCCUGUCGUCCUACACGGUUCGCCGUUGUCGAGUCGUAUCGAUUGUUUUCCGCCCCCGCGUGACACUCGUGGAUUCGACGAUAUAGUUAUUGUGACAUUAUUAUUAUAGUAACUACCGUACCGUCUUGUUGCUAAGUUAUUGUACGUUGUUUUAAACUAAAUAUUUUCUCUACUUCCAGUGAAUUGAACGAGUGUCUUAACUGAUAUUUUUAUAUUGUACCUGCAUGACACAGCCGUAAUUACUGUUACCUGCCUGCUGAGGUGUGUGUGCUGCCUACGUACUAUUAUAGACAAGAGAUUCAUUAUUUUGUUGCUGCCAUCCCUCACAAGAUCCACUUUCCGAAUAUGGAUCAAGCACCUUAUGAUAAAGAAUUUCCAAAAGAAAAUGAAAUUAUUGAAUUGUUACCAUGCAUUAUAUGCAAUCGUUCAUUUCGUCCAAGUUUAUUACAACGUCACUCAAAUAUAUGCCAAAAAAAUGCUAAAAGACGUAAGGUACCAUUUGAUUCAUCGAAACAGCGUAGAAAAGAUACUGAGAUGGCAGCAUAUUUACCGCAUAUGAAAAAAGCUCAAGAUGCUUAUAUUGGCAUAGAAAACUCUAAAAAAAACUGGAGAGCUAAGCAUGAAGAACUUGUUAGAGCUGUUAAAGCAGCACGAGGUGAAAAAGUCGAUAAUAAACCUAUAACAAUUAAACCUAUUGACUCUGAAGAAUGUCCACAUUGUUCACGGAAUUUUGGACCUAAAUCGUAUGAUCGACAUGUAGAGUUUUGCCGAGAAAAAGCUCAAAGAAUAUCUACUGCUCCAGUGAUAAGUCAAGUAGCUAAAGAACGGCUUGAAGCAAGAACAAAGUACMGGGCUCCCCCACUUAAGUCACAGCGUACAGUUACUAAAGAGAAGUAUUCUCCAAAAGUUAAAACUUUUACUCGAGAUGUUUCAAGUGUACCAAUAAAAAUGAUACAGCCAUUAAAAACUAAUAAAAAAAGAAGCCCACUAAAUAGAAAUAUUUUAUCUAAUAUCCCACGUCAACAGUCGACAGUAGUGAAAAAGAAAGACCAAAUUCCAAAAGUUCAUCUCUAUGAAAAUUCAAUGUACUUGCCCCAAAAUUCAGAUAUGAAAAAUGAAACCGUUAUGAAGAAAUCUGAAUCGGCCUAUACCCUUAGUUCUCAAAACAACAUAAAACAUAAAGUUAAUAAGAUGGUCAAUAAUUUUAACCAAAAAAAAAUAUCUAAGUCCCAACCCCAUUUGGAAAUUUUUGACCUUCAUUUAGAUAGCUACGAUCCAUUUAAAUCAGCUGAACAACAAAUGAAAGAGCUUGAUCUAGACAUAGACAUAAUUGACAUUGGUCUUAAAAAUCCAUUAAAUUGUGCCCCAUCUGAUAAUAUUGAAAAUCUUAAAAUAUCUCCAGCAUCUGCAUUUGUUAAGUAUUUGCCAGUUUCCCCUUUAGAAUCGUCUCCAGAUAAUAUUGAAAACACAUUUUCCAAUGAAUUUCACUCUGACACUAAUCUUUACAGUCACCCACUACACAAUCUAAGCAACUUAAGUUUGUGUUCUAUUGUUAGUAUUGAAUCAGCUGAUUUUAAUAAUAAAACUCAUAGUGCUAAAGUGCAGGGUAUGGAUCAUCCAAAAAGUCCUACAAAAGGAAACAUAUCUCAUAAAGAUAAAAAAAAUAUAGCUAUUGAAAAUAUGCUAUAUGGUGAUAAUGAAAAAAAUAAAUCAAGUCUCAACUUUGAUUUGGCGGAACAAGAACUUUUAAAAUCUGUGUCAGAAUUUGAAAACUUAUUGAAAAUAACAGAUGACGAUGAUAUAGUAUCACCAUCUUUGAAUAGAACCUCUACCCUUAGUAUGAUCAACAGGAUUAAUUCAAAUAGCAGUGCUGAUUCAGCUUAUGGAAGCUUGAACAGAAAAACUGAUCAGGAGGCAACUGAGAAUUAUAAUACACUGCUAAUAUCUGCAAAGUUUUGUCAUGAAUGUGGAUUCAAAUAUCCAAUUGUUGAUAUUAAAUUUUGUACAGAGUGUGGCAUGCGGCGCAUAAUGUCAUGAUUCAGUUGCUUUAAAUUCAAUAUUUUCAUCUCAUUGAGGAUAUUAAGAAAACAGGAUUUACAAUAUGUUAAAUUUGUAGUAUUAAAUAUAUUUUAUAUUUUUAUACUUUUAUAAU